UAUUGUUUUCACUACCUCCAGCUUAUCUGAAAAGCUGGAGUCAAGAGCUUGGUGAAACCCCUGGUAAAUAAAGCUUAGAAGCAAAACCAACAUAUCUUAAACAUAAUGGUAUGUAAAAGUGGAUCGAACUUUCGUCAGGCAGUUUCGGAGAGGAAAAGUCUACACUAUGGCAGCAAUUCUAUAAGAUGAAACUUAUUAUUGUACAAAUGCUGGUAAAACAACAAGUCACAUCCUUCUCAUUAAAGAUCAAUGAAUAAGGUGCAAAGCUUGAUUCUAUAUGUGCAAUAAUUGUCUGACUAUUUUCCAUCACUUUCCCACUCUUCUUUAAUGACAUGAUGAGCAAGUCUUUUGCGUAUUUGUCUUUUAAAAUAGCUUUUGGGUCACUCUCACCAUCUUCAUAUCUCAAAAUAUGGCCUACCCCUCGACAGACCACGUCUUGGUGGAUCCAUCUAUAUAUAUCAUUCCACCCCUUUCCUCGUCACCUCCCAAUUCCAAGCUUGCUACACAUUUUCUUCUUUUUGCAAAAUUGCAACUAGUUAGCCUGCUAACUUUUGUGCACCAUGGGCAUGGCUGAUAAGAGCUUGGCGAAGAGGAAGGCUGGGCUGAUCACCAAGACGCUGGACAGGUGCUGGAGCACACCAAUGAGGAACAAGCCUGCAGAGGGCUGUUUCUCUGUCUACGUCGGUGCCGGGAGGCAGCGGUUCGUGGUGCGGACAGAGUGCGUGAACCACCCGCUGUUCCGGGCGCUGCUCAAGGAGGCCGAGGAGGUGUUUGGGUACGCAGACGCAGGGCCCCUCGAGCUACCCUGCAACGCCGAGGCGUUCGCUGGGGUGUUGGAGCAGAUCGAGGAGGAGAAGCAGAUGGCAGGGGGAAGGAGGUGCGGCCUCGCCAGGGGGAAAUCCUACCGGCUGCUUGGCACCGGUCAGGCUGUCAACAUCGACCGGUCGUAGCAUAUGCAUUGGAUUGGAUGAUGCCGAGUUGAUGAGCUCUAAGUUUUGUUGAGCUCGCAUUCUGGGGCUAUCAUGUACACAUUUGGAAGCAACCUUAGCAUUCCCAAGUAUGGUAAACAGCAGCAUCAUAUACUGGGCAAAUGAGAUACUUUUUUUUCUUCUUCUUUUUCUAUUUUGCAUUUUUUGUGGGAAGGCAAUGUUAGAUGUUGAUGUGUUUUCCCCUCCUAAGUUGUAUUAUCUG